GUCUACAACGUUUACAUGGCGGGCCGGCAGCUCUGCUCCAAGCGGUACCGGGAGUUCGCCAUCCUGCACCAGAACCUGAAACGGGAAUUUGCCAACUUCACUUUUCCCCGUCUCCCGGGGAAGUGGCCGUUCUCUUUGUCGGAGCAGCAGCUGGACGCCCGGCGGCGAGGGCUAGAGGAAUAUCUGGAGAAAGUGUGCUCCAUCCGCGUCAUCGGGGAGAGUGACAUCAUGCAGGAGUUCCUCUCGGAGUCGGACGAGAACUACAACGGCGUCUCGGACGUGGAGCUCCGAGUAGCGUUACCAGAUAUAAGCACGGUGACGGUCAGAGUCAAAAAGAACAGCACCACGGACCAGGUCUACCAGGCUGUGGCUGCGAAGGUCGGGAUGGACAGUAUUACUGCAAACUACUUCGCCCUGUUUGAAGUGAUCAAUCACUCCUUCGUGCGCAAACUGGCGCCCAACGAAUUCCCCCACAAACUCUACGUGCAGAACUACACCUCGGCGGUGCCGGGGACGUGCCUGACCAUCCGGAAAUGGCUCUUCACUACGGAGGAGGAGGUUCUUCUCAACGACAACGACCUGGCGGUCACCUACUUCUUCCACCAGGCCGUUGAUGAUGUCAAGAAAGGCUACAUCAAAGCGGAGGAGAAGUCCUACCAGUUACAGAAGCUGUGUGAGCAGAGAAAGAUGGUCAUG